UGCAAUGCAAUGUCUGCCGUGAUUUCAAAAUUAUUAGAGGAAUCCUCACAAAGUUUUGAUUCCGGUAGCUCAGAGGGAUUAGCGAAGUCGGGAGUUCGUAAAAACCUUUCAGCGAAACGAAAACUGUUACGGAAACUCCAAAAGAUAAAUAAAAAAAAAGCUAUACAAUUUUUUUAUAAGAGUAAACAAAAUGUAAAGUUGUCUAAAAGAAAUAAACUUAAAGAAAAAGAAAAAUUGCAGGCCAUCACUUGUUUUAAGGACACCAGUUUGCCGAUUAACAGCUUUACAAAUUUUAAAAGAAUUAAAGAUGCAAAAAAUAUAAAGCAAAAACGCGUAAAGAUUAAUAGGAAACCGUUUUUGAUUAAUGGAGACCGUAAAGCGCCGAUAACUACAAGAAAAAACAAAUUUAUAGAAGAUUUAUCAGAUGAUGAUCGAAUUAUUAAAACUUUGGAAAAGAAACUUGGUCUUAAGAAAGGAAAAAAGUUACCGCAAACUUUUAAAAAUGAUGGCUUAGAUUAUCUUUUAUUCGGUGACGACCUUGAAACUUGCGGAGACUCGACUCCUAUAAAUUAUUAUGAUCGGAAUUUUGAAAAUGAAAAAAGUUGUACCGCGUCAGACUCCGGCAUCUCAACGUCAUUUACUGGAGCUGGACGUUUUACUGAGAAUCAGACAAAUUUGAAAAGCGAUAUUAUAACUACUGAAUAUCCUUCCAAGUCGGUAAAAGCGGAAGAAGUGAUUCCUGGAAAUAGUGAAAUUGCUGCAUCAUCUACUAUAAAUUGCCAGCCUUAUGUUCUCCCUCACUUACGCAAACUUGAUACUUCUGAUGCUUUGAAGCGCUUAAUAAAAGGGCACAUGAAUAAACUUAACGAAAGCAACUUUACUGCAAUUGCUAAUAACGUGCAACUUUUAUAUGUUAAGCACCCUCGAAACGAGUUUAUCACCUCUUUUUGUGACAUACUUAUGAAGAUGGUUUGCGUGAGUGGCGCUCUUCCUUUGAAACUUUUAUCAGCCUACGCGUCUCUUCCAGUCACGUUGUAUGUGCUUAUUGGGGCUGAAUUUGGCGGGCGGUUUCUGCAGCGCAUCGUAGCUGAACUGGAAAAGUUGAUCGAAUUAAAAAGUGAGACUAAAGAAGCAGCAAAUUUAAUGCAUUACAUUUUAGCGCUUUUUCUGUUAAAGUUUUUUACUACUUCGCUACUAUGCGACUAUUUGAAACACUUUUUAGAAUCCUUUACUGAAUUUGCUGUUGAACUGAUGACUAUUAUUCUUCGCGGCGCUGGUGAUUCUCUUCGCUCUGAUGAUCCUCUUUUUUAUAAGGACUUUAUUAUUGCCUUUCAGAAGCGAUUAAACGAGACCGUUUCUAUGACAUCGCGCAUGAAAUUCAUGCUGGAAACCGUCAUGUCUAUAAAAAACAAUAGAUUCUCUGCGAAAGAAAAAGAGGAAUAUUUUAUUUUGUUAGUAUAA